GUUACGAGUCGCGCGCCCGAAUCAACUGAAUGCACCUUUCGCGUCUCCUGCCUGCCUGCCUACGCGCCUUCGUCGUGGCCUUCGUACACCUGUCCGCGUCUCUUCCGCGUGUCUCGAAAGAGAUUUCCGGGGGUUACGGUCAACAAAAUAUAACUCGUCAUUCAGGAGCAGAGUAACUCCACUCGCGGGGCGUGCUGUGUGAAUUCGCCGACGAUGACGAGCGACGACGGUGAUGUUUUUAUCAGACGCGCAUGAUCGCAUUCGGAGGAUCAAUCGUUCGAUCCGGUCACGGAGCGGAGAUAUCUCUUUGAGAGGAUCGAGCGAUGCAGUGACAAGUGCGCGUGCUCCAAGUGUUCAGAGUGAAAAUCCGAAACGAGUGUUGUUGCGACUUUUUCGUUUCGGCGACGGAUGUUACACAUUUGAUCGGGAAGACAAAAAAUAUAAUUUGUUAUAAGUAACAAUUUUUAAUCAUUUACUUGAGCGCAAAGUAUCAACGAGAGAUCGAGUGUAAAGCAAGAAAAGUGGAAAUAUGAUUUAAUUAUCCAUAAAAGAGAGAGAAAGAAGAAAUAAAUAAUUCUAUAAAUAAAAAAUAGUUCUAUAUAAAUAAUCUGGAGCGAGAUUGGUGUAAAGAACACUUAUAAAUGUUAAAAUUUACGUAGUAAAAUACAAAAACCACACAAGCACGAGGCGUCACAAUCUGAAGCUAUUUUGUAGUCAUUAAUCAUCAGGUAGCGGAAAAUAUACGAAACAAGAGAAGAGAAGGGCCGUUCCCGGAAAUUCUUCGGAGAAAGCCAUCAAUCAUAAGUUCGUUUCAUCGCACUUGUGCAAAUGCGGUUACAAAUGAAAAAAAAAAAUGUUCCUUCUUUUUUUAAUAUAUUCUGAAAUAUAAUCCUUUCCAUUCACAAAAAAAUUUUUCGCACUCGAUUCCUCUUUCGAGAGAACACAAUACGAUCCUUUUCUCGAGGGGGAGAGAGAGAGAAAGAGAGAGAGUAUAAACGUUUCGAAAAAGGAAACAACAAAUCUUUCUUUCUAGUCUAGUCAAAAGGACGGGGAAGGAAUUUUUAAGUCCUUAACUGAAUUUCUCGUAAAAUAAUUUGUGUGUACGGGGACGGAAAUAUACAAAAAGAUGCACGCGCUCUUCAGUGAACAAAACGCGUAUUAUCGACAUGCGACAACGAUGCCAGUCGCAAUGGGCGCGCCGUCGUAUUCGGGUGUCGGUUCGGCCACAGGCUAUUACGAACAAUAUCGUUACGGUGGUUACGCUACUACCGCGUAUCCGGUGUCGGGUCUCGGUCAGCAACACAUCCAUCACGCCGGCAAGGACAUGGUUAAACCGCCCUACUCGUAUAUCGCUCUAAUUGCGAUGGCGAUACAAAACGCGCCCGACAAGAAGAUCACGUUAAACGGUAUUUAUCAGUUUAUCAUGGAUCGAUUUCCGUAUUAUCGCGAGAACAAACAAGGGUGGCAGAAUUCGAUUCGACAUAAUCUCAGUCUGAACGAAUGUUUCGUCAAAGUGCCGCGCGACGACAAGAAGCCGGGCAAAGGUAGCUACUGGUCCCUCGAUCCGGACAGUUACAACAUGUUCGACAACGGUUCUUAUCUGAGACGUCGGCGACGUUUUAAGAAGAAGGACGCGAUCAAGGAGAAAGAAGAGGCGUUGAAACGACAGGGUCUCGUACCGGAAAAGCGUCAGGAAGACACCAAACCCGGCAACGCUCAGGUCGCGUUACCGCCGCCGUCGGACGCGCCUGCGAAGAAACUCGGCACGUUGGAGACAACCGCCGGUCUAUGCAAACCGAAACGUGAACCGGUGAACGAUCACACCGGCGGCAAUCACUGCAUGGCGGUGCAGGCAAGCAAGUACGGUCUGCACAGUCCAAUUCAGGACACGAAGACGACGACGGUGGCUGUGACGGCGCCCGGACAGAGCGUCAUUCAGACCGCUCUGAGCCAUCAGGUGCAUCAGGUGCAUCAGAUCGCUCAGGACGGCAUUCAGGACGUGUCGAUGGCCGGUUUGGAUCCCGCGAGCUUCAGCGUGGACGCGUUAAUGACCACGCGGGACAACAGCGCCGGUCUGAUUGCGCGCGACAAUCAGCAUCAUCCGCACCAUCCGCACGGGCUUCAGCAUCCGCACACCAUCAUGAGCAGCAGAGAGUCGAUGGGUAGCGGAAGCAGGGAUCUGUCGUCCGCGUGCACAACCACGACCACGACAACGGCCGCGGUUGCGGCGAUGAUGGCCACAACCGGUUACGGGCACAACAGCACGGUUUCCCGUGGAAAUACCUCACCGCCUGGCAGUAUGUACACGCCGUAUUGCGCGCCGGCGGCCGCCGGAUACGCCAUCAUGGAUCACGAGUACAACUCCGCGAGGAGUCACGUAAACAACGUGGGACACUCGCAGUGGUAUCAAGACGCGGCCAGUCCCGACACGGCGAUUUAUCAGGACACCCAAUCGCCCAGUUGCCAGCUUUACAGGUCCAGUCCGCCGACGCCGCUUUCGACGGGUGCCGCGCCAUCGCCUCCGCUUUAUCCCAGGGUCUAUUAUCAAGACUGCAACGCCGUCAAUACCAGUGGGAACAUACCUAUAUCGUUGCACAAAUACUGAGAAUAUCGGAAUUCAAGGUCCCACCAACGGGACCUUGAAGAUCAUCACGGCGACCAUUACGAUCCGGGUUUGGUUUACGUGAAGCAGGAAUGGAUCCCGUCGACGGACGAACUCGCCAAAGAGUGGAAUUAAGACGCGUCGUUGAGAGAUCCGGUAAAGAAAAAGAAAGAACAACAACAACAACAACAACAACAAAUAGCGUAAAUCUGCCCGCGUGUCGUAUUCGAUUGCGUAGAGAAUUUAUCCGGGGUCACAGUAGGGACAAUUAUUAGUCUAUUGCAAUAUUUAUAGCGAAUCAAUCUGUGCUGCAUAUCUCGAUCGACGGCAUCGAUUGAAGAGAAAAAAAAAAUCCAAAUAGUUUAUUUCGAUAUAAAUUGCAUGUGACAAGAAGAUCCGUGUGAUUUCGCUCUGAUCCAGCGUUAUUGACUUAACGUUAUUAUUGUUAAACUCACUGUGUAGCGUUGCAUCCAAGUGUAUUCAGAAGCUUUAAAUCCGUUUUUUCGCUUGUUGAAAAGGUUAAUCAUUCUCCGAACGUCGAUUUUUUCGACAAAGUUUUUCUCCUCGUUUUCGCAUUAAAAAAAAAAAAGCCUCGACUUGUUAUAAUGACGAAUGAGAGGGAAACGCGCGUCUCCGGGAAGAGGAAACAAAUUUCUCGAAUUUCAGCGCACACACAAUCAGCGUUCUCACUUGCGCAAACAUCUCGCGGAGUCUCCUCUGUCACUGACCUACCUGACGAUUUUUUUUUUUUUUGUUUUUUGUUUUUUUGUUUUUCACCGCGCCGCGUUUUUUCCCGCUCACAUCUGUGCAAACCGCCGUAAAUCGUGCGCGAUUAUCGGCGUCGAAAAUAGCGUCGCGUCUCUUUCUGUUUACCGAUCGUCUGUCUCCGACAGAUGAUCGUUAUUACGAGAAGACGAAUUAAAGUCAUUGGCCGGAGGAAUCGUUUGGUCUUUCAGAUUCCGUCGCGCGUGCGACUUCUCGGGAGACUCCGCGCGGGGGAGUAUUGUAUUUAUCACCGACGACUCACACACAUAAUUUUACGCGAUUGCAACACUUUGCAAUCAUGUUUUCUCCGUUUCGUUCUUUCCGUUCAGGAUGCGUUCCCGAACACGCGCGAAUGAAAAAAAAAGUUUUCGUUUGCCACGAGCGUCGAAUAUUUUCCGAUUUCCGAGAUGCGCUCGCGCAUUUUUCUGUCGGUCGGUAAUUUAUUUCGCACAAAAAUGUUCGCACGACGACGUCAUUUCACAGAUAAACACGUAACGAUCACGUCUGAGCAAGUUACUCGGAAACUACUACUCGCGCAGUUUUAUCACUUAGAUUGUUUUUGUUUUUUGUUUUUUUUUUUUUUGUAUCUGUAAAGAAAUAUUUAGAGGUGAGAUCAUGUAAUAUUUUCAAUUUUGCGCGAUAAGAAAGCACACUUCUUUGACGCAACCAUGAUGACACCUUACGUAGCGACUUAGUGAUUGAUUGUCGCACACAGUCGGUUCUGUAGUAAAAUCUCAAAUAAUGACAUUUUUAUUAAAAAUUGCUUUUUACGUAUACGAAAGUUGCGAACGAGAGAUCACGCAUCGCAGUUUUUAAAUAAUUAAUUGCGAGACAUUACGUGAAUUCUGUGUAUAUAUAUAUAGUAACAAAAAAAUUUUAAUAAAUAAAUAAAACGAAUAAUUGUGUGAUUUCAAGCGUCUCGGUAGCGACGCGACCGUAAUGUAAAGAAAAAAAAAAUAAAUAAUUAAUAAAACUGUGUACAUAUAUAUAAUAUAUAUAUAUACAGAGUAUGUCGGAACAAAAAAAGAAAAAAAAAAUUUGUACGUGUUCUUCUCGUUUCUUCGAUGUGGUCGUUUGGCUGACUUUUUUUUUUUUAGGUUCUCGCUUUUGGUUUUCAAUUUUUAACACGCUGACUGUCACGCUGUGACUUAAGAGUUGUUUUUUUCAAAAAGUUUGCACGCACAAAUUAACUCUCUCAACUGUUUUUUUUCCACGCGUUACUUUUGGUAACCGCAUGUCGAAUACUUUGUUACAACGAGAAGAAGAAGCGUUGGCAUUAUUUCUUUUCGGGAAACGUCCAUAAGAUCGUCAUCGAUCCUUGAGUGAUUAGCGUGGCACUUAACGUGUUUUGAGACGCACGACGACAAAAGAGAGAUGAGAAAUACUGUAGCAUUGUAUAAAAAAAAAAAAAGAAAAGCUACGCUGACUCUAGUGUUAGUAAAACGAUUAAUAGUGUGAUAUCGUACUUUCUUCUCGUAAGUUUGCACUUCGUUCUUGUGCAUUUAAUCACGUGAUAAAAACAAAAAAAAAAAAAAUAAAAAAAAAAAUGAGGAAACGUUGUUGGCGGCCGAGGAAGAUUCGCGCGUAUGUAAGCACACACACACACACACACACACACACACGUUCGACGAGAGCUUGAGGGUGAUUAUAUAUAUAUAUAGAUAGAUGAAUACGGAUCAUGUGAAUAUUAUUAUUAUUUAGCGUUCAUCGCUUUUCGAAUUCAAGCAAAAUGUAGGCAGACGAUGAACUUCUGCAUGUAUAUUAUAUACAGGACACAUAUAAAUAUAGAUCACAACAUAUACUGUAUAGAAUGGGAUAUACAUGUAUA